AAAAGAAUGUAAUCAUACUUGUGCAAACUCUUUGUAUCGUAUGGAAUCGUUUCUCGCUGAUUGGAUGUCGGAAAAUGCGACACGCUUCUAACAACGAAUCAAAAUGAAGUACCUUCUACGCAGUAAGAUGAAAGUGGUGGUGUGUACUAAACGUUUGAAGAACGUAGCGCGAGGGAUGUGAAAAGUGUUUUUUCACAACCUGUGACUAACUGGCCUGUUUUUUUUUCUCAUUACGUCUCGUUGGAUGCGUCGGGCACUCAGCUGUGGUGCGGGUAUGUGACGACGGAAGAUGUUUUGAUGGUAAAGAUUCGUAUACCGAAUUUUCACCCGAAACACGAACUGUCAUCCGUUCGAAGAUCGAAACGGACUUCGUUACGUGUAUCGGCGGAAAAACAAGCAAUUUAUGAUGGGGACAGAUCUCGAAAUAUCCCACGUCAAAGUUAUCGUGAUCGUUUAAUCGUGACGUUGGGAUUAAAAAACCAAAGUACGUUGUUCGAGAAACGCAAAGCUAGAACUGACGUUCUUUCAAAAUGGGAAAUUGUUUGAAACGCGCUGGAAGCGGUCAACAGGACAAUACCACUUUGCUGAGUAACAAUCCUGAUCCUCCUACAUUGACUAGCGGUUCUUUACAAGAAGGCCUUGGACCUCCGAUACCUAAUAAUGAGGCUGUAACCUUUUCUUAUGCACCAGUUUUUACAAGGGAACUUCAUCUUCAACAAAUUGGCAUUGGUGUUAAUCUAGGACCAGGUAGUGAAGAAGAACAACAAGUUAGAAUAGCAAAACGCAUAGGACUUAUUCAACAUUUGCCUAUGAGAGAAUAUGAUGGAACUAAAAAAGGAGAAUGCGUGAUAUGUAUGAUGGAGCUUCAAGUGGGAGAGGAAGUGCGUUAUUUACCCUGUAUGCAUACUUAUCAUGCAGUAUGUAUCGACGAUUGGUUGCUGCGUUCCUUGACUUGUCCAUCGUGCAUGGAGCCUGUAGAUGCAGCAUUGAUUAGUUCAUAUCAUCCGACCACUUAACACCAAGGAGAUGGAGAAUGAAAUAGCUAAUCGGUAAUCAAACUAUAUUAUCGCGAUGAAACAGAAAAAUUGGAAAAAAUUAUUAAUUUUAUUAUCAUAUAUAAUGGCUUCUAAAUAGAAAAAGGGUAUUUUCUUCUUGUUAUGGCUAAAUUUGCCAUUGUAUUCAAAUAUAUCUGUUCGCAUGCUAAUAAUAAUACUGUAUUAUAAGAAAUUAGAAAUUUCUUCUAUAUAGACAUCAUUCCCUCUUACAGGGUAAUAUUCUGCACGUGGAUCAUAAAAAGAAGUAAAGUGUAUUUACGAUCAAAAUGCAAUCGCCAUAGUUGUUAAUUUUCUGCUAAAUCUAAAGUAGCUUUCCUUUCAUAUGGCUGCAAAAGGUAUUCUAUUUUGUGCUCAAGUAACUGGAGCAACCAAGAGAUGUAAGAUUUUGCUGAAAACACUUUAAGUUGAAUAAAGAAUAGCAGCUACUUGACUUUGGUGAUUUGGUCAAGUAAUUAUAGACAAUUAUACGCAUUGUGAAUAUCAUGAAUAAUAUUCAUCACAAAAUGUCACAUUAUGUACAUUUUUAACAAUAAUUGCAACAGUUUCAUAUUUUCAAAUAUUUGAUAUCUAUUUUCGGAAUAUAUCUUAUGAUAUAUAAAAUUAAUCAUAUUCUUUUUAAAUGUAUUAUUUCUUAUUUCAAUGUAAUUUGAUUUCAUCUUUAGAAGCAUGGAAAACAAAAAUAUUAGAAUUCGGAAUUUUUUACGUAUAAUCCGAAUUAUUUUACAAAAACUGCUUAUGAUUAUAUAUUUAUAUUAUUAUUUAUCAUUUAUAUAUAUUUUUUAUAUAUGCAUUACAAUAUAUUCAAAUUAUUUAAAAGUUUCAGUUCAUUGGAAAAAUUUGUAUAUUUGUAUAAUUAUAGCGAGCAUUAUAUAUAUAUAUGCUCUCGCAUUAAUAUUCUUCAUCAUAAGCAGUGCAAUUAUCAAAAUCUUAUUCAAUGAAAUUAAUAUGCAUUGUUUUAAUGUUUUUCCAUUUAUUUUCUUUGCUGUUAGUAAUGAAUACAUAACACAAUAGAUAUCUACAAAUAAGAAAAAAAAAGUCAUUCUUUAUUUUUAUAAAGAUAUUCAUAAAAAUAUACAUCUUAGAAUUUUUGUGAAUGUUAUCAUUGAAAUUCAAAAUGCAAUUUCAACUACAAAUGAAAGAACGGGGUUCGCGUAAUAGUUUAGUUGUUCAAUUCAAGUUCGAUAUAAUCGAAAUUUGAACAAAGAAAUUGCACGAUGAGUAAGUUAUUCAACUUAGAUUUUCACAUGGACUUAAAACUCGUAAAUAAAAUUUUCAUAAUAAUACUUAUUAUAAUUUUCUAAUACAUAAAAAUUCAACGAUUCGAUCGAUUUCAUAUAAAGAAUGUAAAUGUAUAUAUAUUCUUUUAAGAAUAUACGUACGCAUAUGCAUACAUAUAUUUCCUACUUGGACGAAAAUAUUUUAAUGUUUUACGAGAGCUUCAUGUGUGUAAUAUUAUUGAUUUGUUUGGAAAAAAGUGAUGCUGUGAAAUAGUGAUUUAUUGACAAAAUAUAAAUAUAAAAAUAGUGAUCUAAUAAUAAUAAUACAAAUAUAAGUAUUUAGUAACAA